AGGGAAGACACUGGGUAAAUCCACUUGCAGCAGGGGAGGUUUGGAGGAUUGUAAUGAGGCCAUGACCCAGCCGAGAACCUGCACUAAGGAGAAGUGGUUCGAAUGUGCUGAGCACGGGAGAAGCUUCAAGUGCAGUUCAAACCUUAUAAGACACCAGAGGGUCCACACAGGCGACAGACCCUACAACUGCCCUGAGUGCAGAAAAAGCUUCUAUUGUAAAUCCCACCUUAUUAGACAUCAGAGACCUCACACGGGAGAGCCCCCCUAUAACUGCCCUGAGUGUGGAAAACAAUUCAAUGACCACUCCAACCUUGUUAGACAUCGGCGAACCUACACAGGAGAGAAACCCUAUAAGUACAUUGACUGCGGGAAAAGCUUCAGGGACAGCUCAGGCCUUCUUGCACAUCAGAGAGUCCACACAGGAGAGAAAUGCCAUAAAUGCCCGGACUGUGAAGAAACCUUCACUCAGCGCUCUCAUGUGACUAAACAUUGAGGAUUCACACGGGUGAGAGACUCUAUGGAUGCCCCGACUGUGGAGAAAGCUUCUCUUGCACCUCUGACCUUAUUGUACAUCAUAGAGUCCACACGGGAGAGAGAGCCUAUAGUUGCCCCGACUGUGGGAAGAGCUACAGCCAGAGCCCCAGC